GCCAUUUUUGUCGGUAUUAGAGGUAUUAGAUAAGGGUUUUAGUAGAGAUCGUGCAGAUGGUGAAGUGAUUCCGUAAAUAUCAGAGCAAUCCCGGUGUUACAAGACUCUGUUAAGAUGAGUACGGGAAUGCCCGAACUCGGCAGUAAAAUAAGUUUGAUAUCGAAAGCAGAUAUCCGUUAUGAAGGACGAUUAUUUACAGUUGAUCCUCAGGAAUGCACAAUUGCAUUGUCAAGCGUUCGUUCCUUCGGGACUGAGGAUCGUGAGACACAAUACCCCAUAGCACCACAGAAUCAGGUCUAUGACUACAUUUUAUUCAGGGGUUCUGACAUAAAAGACAUAAGAGUGGUGAACAAUGUUGGGCCUUUGCAGAAUGUACCAAACGAUCCAGCAAUUGUACAGCUGUCUGUUCCUGCUGCCCUUGGUUCAACAGCGUACCAUCAGACUGGAGGUUUUUCACAUCCAGUACUUGGACCUGUGGGUCCUGGGUUAACGCAGUACCCAGGCGCAUAUGGUGCGAUGGGGGCAAUCACAGGUCUUCCAAGUGCUGUUGCCCAAGGAAUGGGCUUGCACAGAGAUACUCGUUCUUUAGCAAAGCAGCCAAGUGAGUUGGUUAAACCAGUCCAGGUGCCUGAUCAUUCAACCAACAGAGACCAAGAUCUGAUCGGAGGAUCAUCACGUUCCACCACACCAUCGCUGGUUACUCGGAAAUCACCUACCAUGGACCAGGGUGUGCAGGUGAACCAGCCUGGUUCGACUCCAAUCAAAGAUGACAAGAAACCACAGCAGCAGUUGACACCACAGUCACGGCAGAUACAGCCACCCCAUCCAGCUAGAGAUGGUCCAGUAAACAGGAGUACUGUUGGCCAGCAGCAGUACCAUCCUCAGCCCCAGAGAGAACAGCGAGACAGAGAACCUGCACACCCCAGGGAACAGCAGUCCCGUGACCAACCACCAGCCCCUCUGCCUGAGCGGGCUUCGCAGCAACAACAGCAACAACCACAGGCACCAGGGCGUGGUGGUUGGGUGAACCGUGGUGGCAUGCGACGUGGCAGAGGUCGAAGUGGAACCUCAGGUAGUGGUUUCAGCAGGACACCAGGCUCUGGACAACAGACUGGUACUAGUGGAAAGCCCAAGAACAUCAUCAAGUUCGAGAAUGACUUCGACUUUGAACAAGCCAAUAAAGAAUUUGAUACGCUCAGGAGUCAACUGGCAAAAACCAAAAUUGACUCAGAACCUGUUAUUGCAGGUGAUGGGAAGGUGAAUGAUGACAGUGAGAAGAAGGAUGACUCUGGAAAUGAGACUGGUGCUGGAGAGGGUGAGCAAGAGGAAGAACCACAGAUCUUCUAUGACAAAAAGAAGUCCUUUUUUGAUAAUAUUAGCUGUGAGGCUGUGGAGAGGAGCAAGGGUCGGUCUCAGCGAACAGAUUGGAGGACAGAACGCAAGUUGAAUUCUGAGACAUUUGGUGUUGCAUCAGCACGUCGUGGAGGGUAUCGAGGAAGAGGUUACUAUGGUAACCGCGGCAUGGGUGGCGGUAUGUACAGAGGUGGGAACUAUCGAGGUGGCUACAGAGGUCAAGGUGUGCAGCGAGGUGGAAGAACCAAUAUGGCAAGUGGAAACACAGGAGGAUCAACAGGCAAUCCCCAGCAGCGUGCUCUCACUCAACAAAGCAAGUAGAUAUCCUACAGAGGGCUGACCCAGGAAUGUUGCAAGGCAAGAAGCAGCCAAUGUUUUACUGAACUGCCUCAAGAAUCGUGGUUUAUAAUUUGUAUUCCUCAAGUGAUUAUAACUUGAAGUCACCCCUGACACAGCAUAAGAUUGUUAUGUGGUGACUUUUACUUGAACUUUGGAAGCCUGAUUUUUUUUAUUUCGCUAUUUGUGGCAGCAAGAUUCUCCUGAAGAAAGUAUGUGUGGUUCUGAAGGGGAUGAUAGUAUCUGUUGUUGCAGAGUGGAGUUGUGUUGAGAUUGUAUCCUAAUAGAAGCCGAAGAAAGUUAUCUUACUUUGGAGCUUGGAUUCCGAUCCGCUAUAAAAAAACUAUGGAAACCUUGAAGCUGCCUGUUACACUAAUAAUAUUAAUGAUGAUGAUGGAUUGUAUUGCCACAAGUAACUGUUAAGUUGCAUUAUUAUAGUUCAUGAUUGGAUGUUUCUGUUGACCUUGUGUAAUUCAAUUCUGGUGUCAAGUUCUUACUCCAGUAAGGGCUUCUGAGCCUAUAUGCUGAGACUGAUGUGCAGAUGUAUGUAAGAAAUCCAGGAAAAGUAAUUAGUUACUGAAUUUGAUUGAAGGGGGUGACCUUCCCAGAAAUCUCUUAUUUUCUUUAUCCUACUACAUGGCAGAGAUCUAUGGCCCACAAUACAGAAAUUGGGAGAUGUACAUUAUUUGAGAAAACCAAAAAUUUAAUUGCAGUAUCUUUAUUUUUCUGUGAGAAAAAUUGAGAAUCCUUGUACAGAAUUCCAUAUUUAAGUUUGGUGGUGUGAAUGAGAUAUUUAAAUUUUUCCAUUAUAGAUAUAGUUUGGUUUGGGCUUUUCAUUGGUUGCUAUUCCGCUUAGCGAAGUUUUGAUCGGUAUUAUGUGAAACAUGCAGAUAAGCUUAGGAUUCAGAGCAAUUGAAGAUGUUAAUUUAAUGAUUUAUUGGCUAUAAUAUAUUUGUAGUUGAAGCUACUACUAUAAUUGAAGUGUCAACAUAUAUAUAUAUGAACGUUUUUUAUUUUUUUCUAUUGCUUAGGUAGUCAUUGAAGGUACUACCAGUACAGGGGAAGGAGUGGAAAUUUGAAUUAACUGUAAAUGGGGGAAAUUAGUUUAAACUUUUGCUUUUGUCUGUUGGUCUAUGAGUCAUGGUACAAGGCCUUCAGUUUGUGCAAAGUUAUGCACAUUGUGAUAAAGAAAAGAUGGUAAGGUGAUACAGAACAUCUAAUGAAGUUUUGUGCUUAAUGAAACAACUGGAUAAGGUAUUUGUAUGCAUUAGGAGUUGAUAAUAGCAUUCGAGUUAUGGAGUAGUAGUGAAAUAUGUUAGCAGCACACUGUUUAGUUGUUUGCCAUUGUAUAUUAGUAAUCCCUAUGUACUGGGUGGAUAUCAAGCUCAAGAGAAUGAUGUACUUGUGCAAAUCCAUGUUACUUUUUUUUUUUUUACAACUUUUCACUUUGUGUUGAUGUAUGUUACAAUUGAUGGAACCUUGUAUUUGCAAAAAGAUUUCCAUUAUAAAUAAAUUUUCUAUUUCAAAGAAGAAUAUUGUUUUCUUUUUUAAAAGGUACAGAAAAUUAAGUGUUAUAUUGCUUUUGCAGUUCUAUCAUAACUGAAAAUUGGUAUUCCAUCACAUAGUCAUUCUUCAUGUUUCUCUGAGAGUAAUGUAGUUUGAAGGCCAUUCAACUGAUUGAGUGAAUGAAUGCAGACUUGGGUAGUACCAGACUUGAUUACUCUACUGUCACUUCUUUCACAGUUGUGAUUCAUAAUUUGAGUGUGCAAUUAAAACGUUCACUUUUCCUAUUAUGCAUUUUACAUAAAUGUAAUCCUUCCCCACUACAGUUUAGAAGCAUGGUUGCAUAUUUUGUAUGUACCAUGGAUUUGCAUAAAAAUCGUCACUUGGAUCAAUUGUGUACAUGUGAUGGUUCUUAGAAAUGAGAGUUGCUGAUAUAUUUCACUGUUUUAUCAGUAUUAAAAACAGCUGCUGCAUGUUCAACAUACCAGGGGAGGGGAGAUAUUAAUGCUGCUCUGCAGUCAAUUAUAUGGUAUUGAGAGAGAUCAGUGUAAGUGGAAGAUGUUGAAAGUUGUGUUUUCAUUUACAUUGUCAGAGUAUAUAGUUGUUGUACAUAUUUAGUUUGAAAAUCUCUUUGGUCUUGAGUAUGUAGAAUUUUAGUUUACUGGACUAGAGUGGCUGAAAGAUCUUCAUAUCAGGCAGCAGCCUAUAAUCAUUUUGUCAUUUCUUUUUUUAACAGUGCACUAUGGAGAUGUAGUGUACUGAAUUGAGCUUGGAUAUAAGAAAGUGUGAGACCAAAGGAAAUAAGAACAAAAAUUGAGUCAGUGUGUUUUGUCUUCUUUUGAAAUUGGCCCCUGUGAUGUUUGCAUUGGUUGGUGACCUGUGGAUCCUAAUUGCAAUAUCUAGAGCAGUUUCAUCAAGUACAGAACUUGGAGGAAAGCGCCAAACCAUUUAAGAAUAAGGGCCAAUAAAAAUAAACAUGUGGAGUGGCGAUACUGUUUUCGCCACAUUACAAGUGUCAGCAAGAUACUCUACGUACAUACAUGUGACUUCAUUUAAGGGUAUUCAGUCAUGAAACUUGUAUGUUUAUUUUUGUGGACUCUCUAUGUAAGUGAACCAGUGUUCAUAAUUUUUGUAAUUACUCAAAUUUUUCAGUUGUUUAUCAGUCCAUAUGUAAGUGGUACUGUAUUUAUUGAACAGAAGUAACUUUUUUUACCUACAAAUUUGUGUCAGAAUCCCUGUGAAUAAAUACUGACCUUUAAACUCUGAAGUGUUAACAGUAAUGAUAUGAGAAUUAAAGCUCUCUGAGUGGCUGUUAAAUGAG